UCCAGACACAGCCUUAAUUACAGGACCGCGGAAGCAAGCAGACACAGUUCACACAACACCCAGAAGCAAGCAGAUACAGUUCACACAACAUACAGAACCAACCAGACACAUCCGCAUCCGCAUCCACAUCCGCAUCCACAUCCACAUCCACAUCCACAAACCAUGGCCGACAAGCUCCGGGCCCAGCAGCAGCUCGAGGCGCUGCAAGCGCGAUACAUUGGCAUCGGCUCAGCCGACACGAGCAAGCACGAGUGGACGUCGAACAUGGCGCGGGACUCGCUCUCGUCGUUUGUCGGCCACCCGCCGCUGCUGCAGUACAUGAGCAUCGGGCUCGGGCAGCCGCGCGAGAAGACGCGGGUGCAGCUGCUGGAGCGCAUGGUCAGGCCUGUGGGGCCGCCGCCCGAGAGGGAGGAUUGAGAGAAGCUGGAGAACAGUGGGAGGACGUUGGGAUGACACGACGGCAUGCCCAUGCCGACCGCGGCAGGUCUACGCGCAAAGCAACACACAACACGCAACACGCAACGCGGCCACGGCCGAGCUAAGACCAGAAGCAGGACACGCGGUGAAUGAGACAGGGUGGACAGGAAAAGUGACCAGGUAUGGUGGACAGGAAUGGUGGACAGGAAAGGCGAGGGCCUGGGCAGAGAGUCCGAGA